AUGAGCUACAAAGCUAGAGCUAGCUACGAAGCUAUCGCCGCCACAAGGCAGUCUAGCUCUGCUGUUCCCAUUGGACCCUCGGUCAUGGUUGACAUCACCAUUUCUGGUUUCAAAAAGGCCACGUUUCGAAUAGAGAAUCUGGUCUGGAGAAGGGUUGACUCAUCUCGAUUGCAAUAUUCGCGCAAGUGGCUAGGGCUGGUCCUACCAUCGAACGGGAUGGACAACAGGCAAUGA